GUGGCCAUAUUGAAAUCUCAAAUCUAGCAGUAGUCUGAAAAUUCAGUGUCGCUGUCUCAUUUGGAGACUCUGAAAUAUUGCUAUCCUUUAUUUAUAUCAGGGGGUUUGGGCCAGACAUUCCACCUGAGACCCUGCCUUUACUGGACGGCAAGUUGUCUCUGAUUUUCGUGGAAAAAUGAGUCCAACUGAUGCUAAAAGAGGAGCUAAACGCAGGAAGAACAAGCGGGGCGGUGGCAGUAGCUGCAGCACUGUCUGCAGUACCAGUGGCAAGGCCGGGGUUUCAGCCACGGCCCUGAGUCCUCAAUCCACGGCAACACCCUCUGUCUUGGGUUUUUUGACAUCGGGGAGUACUGGGAAUGGGAACAUUGGUUCCAUCACUGGCAUGAACGGAGAGGUCCCAAUGAACGGAAAUGUUACACAGUUUACAGAGGGCCCUGUGAAUUCCGACUUCUCCGGAGUCCUGCAGACUCCGUUCACCUUUGGGCUCAACCAGCGAGCGCCCUACACCACGGGUGACCGCUGCCUUCUCUGUAGGAGUGAACGCAAGGACAACGGCCUCCAGCAGGACGUGGGCCUACCGGGGCAGAAUGGCACCACAGCAUCCGCCAAGCCCCCCAGUGCCCUGCAGCUGCCCCUGUGGGUGUGUCCCGACUGCAGACACACGGUUGAGAAGGAGGACCAUCAUGCCGUUCUGGAGGACUCACUGGGGAACCAGGACUUCCUGUUGCACAUGCCGCUGGGUAACGGAGGCGUGGUCCAGGAGCCGGUUUCCGGGGGUCGCCUGACCAGCACUGCGCCUACAUUACCCAUGCUUCCUGCCCCAGACCUCACCGCCCCGCUGACGGCUGAUACUGUGUGCAGCUGCGAGGCCUGCAAUGAGAGACGGGAGAUCUCUGCAGAGUCGGAGCGCGAGUCGCAGCAGCUACAGAACCAUUGGUCGGAGGUGCGCUACCUAGUGCGUGGCAUCUACCGGCAGACAAGCACGUCUUGCGACAAGGAGGGAAUGAAGGAGCUGGUGGACAGGCUGUGUGAGAAGGACCCCUACCAGUUGUACCAGCGCCUGGAGCAGCAGGCCAGGGAGUACGUCCUGGAGAUGAAGGUGCGGCUCCUCAAGCACCUGUCGUCGGGCUCCAAGUCCCCCCCCACCACAGCGGCAGGUCCGGCCCGGGCGGGCUCGGCAGGGGGUGUUGGUGCCCCCCAGGGCCCCCCCCAGGGCCCCCCCCAGGCCCAUCAGUUCAUCUCCCUGCUGCUGGAGGAGUACAGCGCCCUCUGUCAGGCAGCACGGACCAUCAGCAGCUUCCUGCUCACCCUGGAGAACGAGCACCUCCAGAAGUUUCAGGUGACGUGGGAGCUGCACAACAAGCACCUUUUUGAGAACCUGGUGUUCUCUGAACCCAUCUUGCACAGCAGUUUACCUGCACUGGUCGCACAGCUGAGGCACGGCACAGCCUCUCAUGACUCGUACAGCGAGGACAUGUUCAGGACCCUGCUGGAGAGCCACCAGCGGCUGGAGCAGGAGAUGGCUGCUGUGGCCACAGAGUGGCAGGACUGUGAGAAGAGGAUUGACGACUAUGUCGACGAACAGCUGCUUUUCAAGGGGGAUGGACAAAGUCUAGCUCACCGACGGCCAGAGCCACACAAGUCUUUAGUUAGUAAAAAUACUUUGAAAACAAAACAAAGAAUGCUGAAGGAAGACUGGGAAUUUUUCAAGCAGACAAGGUUCAUAGAGGAACAGUUGACCAAUAGUAAGAAGUCCCUUGCUGGAGACAGUAACUUCACAGACACCAUGAGGAUGCUGUCGUCCCGACUCAGCAUUCCUGACUGUCCCAACUGCAACUACAGAAGAAGGUGCACCUGUGACGACUGCAGCCUCAGCCAUAUUCUCACGUGUGGCAUCCUGGACUCCUCCAUCGCCGAGGACCUCCACAUCAAGCUGCCCCUGCAGGCCGAGGCGCCUCCUCUCCCGCCGCACCACCCCCACCCCUCCCACCACCACCCCCACCGGGACUACCUGGUGCUGCACCCUCCCAGCCUCUCCUCGGGGGCCAGCUCGGCCUCCGGCUCGGCCUCCAGCUCCCCCAUCACCAUCCAGCAGCACCCGCGCCUCAUCCUGCCCCAGGGGGGCGGCAACACCUUCGGCAGUGAUGAUGAUGAAGUGCCUCCACUGUCAGCCAAGUUCGGGGACAUCUACCCCAUGAGUGGCUACGAGGACCCAGGGGUCUUGCCCGCCAUGAACGGCCUGCAUAGCCAGCUCAAUGGAGGAGGAGGAGAGAACAAAGAGUCUCCUCAAGGCAGUAGCAGCAGCAGCAGCUCGUCUGAAGGCGACGAGGAGGAGGCCGACGUGGAGAGUGGCGGCGAGCCUCCCGGACACAAGAGGAAGCACUCCCCUGGGAAGAGCAACAGCCCUCCCCCAUCUUACCACCACCACCAGAUGGAACAGAUCCAGCACGCUUGCGAGUGCCACGUCUGCUACCAGGACAGCUCCUCCUCCGCCCUGGGCCAUCCCGGGGCGCCCCUCCCCCCUAGCCGUCUCCACGGCGCCCCCGCCCCCCACUUCUUCACUUCGGACGCCAAGGCCCCUCCGUCUCACCCGGCGCUCCAACUCUACCCCCACAUCCAUGGCCACCUGCCCCUCCACACCCUGUCCCACCUGCCCCGGCCUCUGCUGCACCCGACGCUCUACCCUCCCAGCCCCCCGCUUUCUCACAAUAAGCCUCUCCCUCCCGCCCCAACAUCAAACCACUCAGCGGCCAAACAGCCGGCGUUCAGCCCCACCCUGCCAGACCACGUCUAUCAGAGCUGCUUCGGUAAUGGUGGGGGCGGGGCGGGAGACUGGAACAGCUCGCUGCAGUGCCUGUCGCUCAAGUUUGAGAACCUGUGUGAUGCCGCCAUGAUGAAGAACUGGAACCCCUCCAUGCUGCUGCAGGAACCUCUCCCAGGAGACAUCCUAGGACCACCCCUCCCUGACGUGCCCCUGCCUCCCCCCUCCUCCUCCCACCACGGGGACCACCCCAUAUCAGGGGAGUCUCCCCUCCUCCUCCCUCCGCCUUCUUCCUCUUCCUCCUCCUCCUCAUCGUCCUACUCCUCGUCAGAGCACAGGGAGCAGAAGAAGAGUGGCGCCAAGAAGAAGUGUCUUUAUAAUUUCCAGGAUGCCUUCCUGGAGGCCAACCGGGUAGUGAUGGCCACUUCGGCCUCCACAGCCUCCGUCUCCUGCACCGCCACCACUGUCCAGUCAAGUAAUAACCCAUCCAUCCACCUAGCAUCUAAAAGACCCAACUCCUUAGGUGACGUCUUUCACAGUCUAGGCAAAGAGGACCACAGGCUGAUGCCCCCAGGUGCCCCUAGGAACAGCCCGACUGGCCUGGCCUCGCUCCCCCCGCUCUCCGACCAAGCCCUGCCCCUCGCCCCCUCCACGCACCUCCCCAGCAUGGCCUCGCAGCCCUUCCCACAGAUGGCUGCCCCGGUACCAAGCUUCAUGGAGGCCCACCAGGGCAUGUGCCUCUCCCCAGCUGAGCCCCCAGCCCCCCCGGCUGAGGGUCCCAUCAGCGCCCCUCCCAGCAUCUGCAGUGACCCGGAGUGUGAGGGCCACCGCUGUGAAGGCAGCGGGGCGUACGAGCACCAGGCGUACGACGGCGAGGAAAGCCAGGACGAGGACAGCUGUUCGGAGCACAGCUCCUCCACCUCCACCUCCACCAACCAGAAGGAGGGGAAGUACUGUGACUGCUGCUACUGCGAGUUCUUCGGGCACGGCGGGCCCCCGGCCGCCCCCACUAGCCGUAACUACGCGGAGAUGCGUGAGAAGCUGCGGCUGCGCCUGACCCGGAGGAAGGAGGAGCAGCCCAAGCGGGAGGAGCCCCCCCCGGUGGCGGAGCGGGACAUGGGCGUGGAGGACCACCGCAGGGUGGAGGACCUGCUCCAGUUCAUCAACAGUGCCGACAAUAAGCCCGCCUCCAGUUCCAAGGCCGCCAAGAGGGCCCGACACAAACAGAAGAAGAUGGAGGAGAAGGCGCGUGUGGAGGCAGAGGCCCGGGAGCGAGAGGAGCAGCACUUCCUGGAGGAGCAGCAGCGGCUUCAGCGGGAGGAGGAGGAGGAGGCGCAGCUGCAGCGGGACCUCCUCCGGCUCCAGGAGCUGCAGCACCUCCGCGCCGCCAAGAAGAAGAGGAAGGAGCGCCCCAAGGACCCGGCACCUCCCAACAACCCCCAGCCCCUCAAACAGACGGCCCAGAACGUUCUGGAGAACCUGCAGAACGGAAAGUCCCAGUUCCUCCACAGCUUGAUGUGCCUCCCUGGGCACAAGGAGCCACGGCUGGACUCUUCUGCACCCCAUAUCGCUGUCAACGGGCACCCUGCUCAGCUUCCAGCCCCCUCCCCACAGCACAGCCCAAAGAGCACCAGGGAGAAGGCCUCUGGCACGGACACCCUCAGCAUCACCCCACUGCAGAACGGCACCGCAGCACUCCAACCAGACAUCAACGGCAGAGCCAAGCCUAAACAGCAGCAGCCUGGCAGACCGCCUGCCGGCACUACCGGGACCAGGAAACCCCAUGAGGGCACGCCCAAGGGCUUAGACCUGGCAACCAAGAUGGUAAGCAACAGCACCACCAACAGCACUACGAUCAGCUCCACUGCAACAGACACCAAAGCAGAUCAGCCCAGGCCUGUUGAAGAGCCAGGCCCGGUCCAGUCCCCCGAGCGCAGGAGGGAGGAGAGGAGCAACGGCACCCCCGGAAGGAAGCCGCAGCAGCUGCUAACCAAUCAGGCCAAGGAGGAGAGAAGGCCGCCUGUCUACAACCCCUCCCCACCCCCAGUCCUGGUCCCGGUUGCGCCCCCGGCCCUUCACACAGAGCUGCCCCAGCAGAAUGGGAAGGUCCCCAGGGCAGAGUCCCCCCACCCCAGGACCAGCCACCAGGCCAAGGCAGAGUCCCCCCAGCCCACCAGGGCCAAGGCCAAGAAGAACAAGAAGAAGAAGGGGGAGAAAACAAACAGAUCCAUAGAUGAUGUGUUUCUGCCCAAAGACAUCGACCUGGACAGCACUGACAUUGAUGAGACUGAGAGGGAGGUUGAGUAUUUUAAAAGGUUCUGUCUGGAUUCUGCCCGUCAGACCCGACAAAGACUCUCUAUCAACUGGUCCAAUUUUAGCUUGAAGAAAGCCACGUUCGCCGCACACUGACAGGGCCUUGCGGAGGGCCAACAGGCUGGAACUUGAAGCAAGACGCAAUCAUCCCCACAUAGUCCCCCUCUCGCCCUUCCCUGACCCUCCUCCACUCUAAGGCUAUCAACUGUCGACCCCCUACCCCCGCCCAGACUCGUCUACCUGUUUCGUCUCCCGCUGUGCCCAAAUCUCGCCCACGCUGCCUUGCCCUGUCCUCGUCACUGUGGCUCCACCAGGAACCCAACAUGACCGGUUCUCCUCUUGCGAAACUCUUGAGAAGAAAACAAAUAAUCUAAAAGUGAAGACGCCACCAAUAUAAAAGGAAAAAACACAUCACAAAAUGCUACUUUCUAUCAAUGAUUACUUUUUUUUUUCUUGUGGGAGCUCUUGUGUGCUUUUAGUCCAUCAGUGGGGAGUUGCUCUUGACUUCAAGCAAUGUUCUAAAAAUCGUAUGUUUUGUUUGUUUGGCUUAGUAGUCAAAAAUAUGCUUGAAUAUUCUUGGAUGAAAAAAAACACA